AUGAUAAAACAAUCAAUACUAUUAUUGAUUAAUUUACUUGUAUUAAAAUGUACUAUCCCAACUAUAGAAGAGUUUUCGGAAUUCAUUGAAAAUUUACCAUUAUGUAAAUUAUAUAUUAAAUAUAAUAAUAAUAAUAAUAAUAAUAAUAAAUAUAAUGAAUUUUAUAAACGUUUAAUUCAAUUACAUCAAUUAUGUAAUCAAUUAAUGAAUAAACCAUUUAGUUUAAAAUUAAUAACAAGAAAUCAAAUAAGAAAACAAAUUGGUGGUAUUGAUUUUCAUAGAAAAAUCAAUAAUAUUGAUUUACCUAAACAAUUAAUUACUUUUAUACAAUAUAUUAAUUAUGAACAAUUUGUAAUUAUGAAUGAUAUACCAAAACAAUUCAUUCAAUUUAUACAAAGUGAAUGGAUUGAUAUGAAUUCAACUAGAGAUUGUAAUGAUAAUACAUUGGAAGAAUCUAUGAAUAUAUUCAAUCAAUCGAAUGAUUUAGAACAGAUCAAUAAUCAUGAUAAUGAAGAACAAUUACCUAUGAAUAAUAAUAAUAAUAAUAAUAGUUUACAACGUGGUAGAGCCUCAGAACGUCAACAUAUUCAUAUGUAUCAAAGAAGAAUAAAUAAAUAUAAACAACCAUUAAGACCUACAUCUGCUCCAUUACUUAGAACAUUUGUUAGAUAAGAAAGAAAGAAAAAGUUUUCUUUUUUUUAUUUACUUGGAAACUACAUUUAUCUCAGGGAUUAUAACAACCACAACCACACAACCAACAACGAAAAAAAUAAAUAAUGAAAUACUGAUCCUUUAAUGAUUUUUAUUGAUUUAAUUUUCUUGUUACCUUCUCUCUCCCCCCUCCUUAUUUAUUUGUUUCUGAUAAAAGACAUAAAAUUAUUGUUUUGUUAAAUUAUUCAAUUAAUUAUUGAUCAAAUCAAGUGUAAAGAAUGUUCUAAUGUUACUAUAUUAUUAUUUAUUGUUGUUCUCCUUAUCAUUGGUGGUGAUGGUGUUGUGUUGUUAUUUUGUUCGAAUGAUUCGUUUAUUAUUUCUAUUGAUUGUAUAUUGAUUUUUUGAUAUUUUGUUAGUACCUAGAAUACAAUUGAUGAACAUUCCCAUUAUGCUUAGACUUUGUAAAUUAUUGAUUAGUUCAAUACUUAUUUAUAUUGUUAAUGUGAUACAUAAAUAAUACCAUAGUCAAGAGGGGGCGAGAGGAUUGUUUUUAUUAUUACAUCAUUAUGUUUGUUCGUUUGUUUGUUUUUUGAGAAAGAAAACAUUUUUUUUAUACAGAAAUUCUUUAAUAACCUUAAGUACAAUCUUUGACAAGAUCAAUAUGUAUGUUAAUCGUUUGUUUAUUUUAUGAUCAAUUUUAUCAACGAUCAAAUCUAAUCUUCAAAUGAUCACUUACUUACUUACUUACAUACGCCUGUUACUCCUUGUGAAGGAGCAUAGGCCGCUCACUAGCAUUUUCCAUCUAACCUUAUCUUGGGUUUCAAUAAUCAAUUCAAUGAUUAUUGAUUUUAAAGUCAUUCAAUAUUUGAUUGUUUAUUGUUUGUAUUUUGUUUUUCCUAUAAAUAUUUGUUUGUUUACUUGUUACUAUGUAUGUAUGUAUGUAUUUUAUGUUGAUCACUUGUAAAUAUAUAAAUAUCGAUUUAGAUAUAGAAGAUUUAUGAUAAUUAAAAAAAAUUUUUUUUAGAAAUUGUCUAUUAUUUAUUGAUUUUUUGUUUAUUUAUUUAUUUAUUGAUUGUUUUUAGAGGAUAAAAUUUUAAAAUAAAUAAAUAAACCAACUUGCUAUUUG